UGAACAGGAAACCAAAGUGGACUUCUCCCUCCUCUCUCUCUCUCUCACUCACUCACUCACCCACUCGCGAACACACAGACAAGCAGAAGAUAUCACAGCAGGCUGUGGAACGCCGUGUUUAUAACCUAAUCAAGCUUCUAGAGUGCACAAAUCCUGACCUUUCUUGAAGUUAUCUGCGCUAAAAAAUAUGGACAACAAGAUGGAUGAGAGGCUACUCAGGUCAGAAGAACAUAGUGGUGGUAAUUUGGGAAGGAGAGUUUGGUUAGAAUCCAGAAAGAUAUGGAGAGUGGCAUUCCCCGGUAUAAUAUCCAGAGUGUCUGCAUUUGGGAUUCUGGUGGUUACACAAGCUUUCAUUGGCCACAUAGAUGAAGUAGAUCUCGCGGCAUAUGCACUUUGUCAAACCAUUAUGUUGCGAUUUAUAAACGGGAUACUGCUGGGAAUGUCCAGCGCCACUGAAACUCUUUGUGGGCAAGCCUUCGGGGCCAGGCAGUACCACAUGAUGGGGAUAUACCUACAGCGCUCGUGGAUCGUCAAUUUUGUCACUGCAACUGUGCUGCUCCCCAUCUUCAUCUUCGCAACACCCAUCUUUCGGCUUCUAGGCGAAGACGAAGCCAUAUCUAAAGUAGCCGGCACCAUAUCCCUCUGGUUCAUUCCCUUUAUCUACAACUUCAUCUUCAGUUUGACUAUUCAGAUGUACCUGCAAAGCCAAUUGAAGAACGCGGUCGUCGCAUGGCUCAGUGCUUCCACAUUCCUGCUCCAUCUGGCCUUGUCGUGGAUCUUUGUGUACAAGCUGAGCCUGGGAGUUUCCGGUGCAAUGGGUUCGCUGAGUAUAUCGUCUUGGCUAGUUGUUUUUGGGGAGUUCUUUUACAUUUUCGGAGGGUGGUGCCCUGAUACAUGGAAGGGAUUCACCAUGGCUGCGUUCACUGAUCUGUGGCCUGUGGUGAAGUUAUCGGUAUCCUCUGGCAUAAUGCUUUGCUUGGAGUUAUGGUACAAUUCUAUUUUACUUCUGGUUGCCGGCUACAUGAAAAAUGCAGAGGUUGCCAUUUCUGCCUUCUCAAUUUGUCUAAAUAUCAGCGCUUGGCAGUUUAUGCUUUUCCUCGGUUUCCUUAGUGCUUCAAGUGUGCGAAUUUCAAACGAACUGGGAAGAGGAGAUGCUAAAGCUGCAAAGUUUUCAAUUAAAGUCAUAAUGGGCACUUCAGUUCUACUUGGAGUUUUGUGCUUCAUCCUCUGUUUAGUUUUUGGCAAUAAACUUGGAUACUUGUUUACAAGCAGUGAGGAAGUGGCAGAAACUGUUGGAGACCUCUCUGUUCUGCUUGCUUUCACAAUGCUGUUCAAUGGCAUUCAGCCUGUACUCACCGGGGUGGCUGUUGGCGCCGGUUUACAGGCUAGCGUUGCUGUGAUAAACCUUGGCUGCUAUUAUGUGAUUGGGAUUCCAUUUGGAGUUGUGCUUGCAUAUGUGGCUGAUCUUGAAAUUAAGGGAAUAUGGAUUGGGAUGAUCUCUGGCAUGGCGAUCCAAAUACUUGUACUCGGUUUCAUGAUAUGGAGAACUAGUUGGGAUGAGCAGGUGAAAAAUGCAUCCGAACGGCUCCAGAGAUGGUCUCUUCAACCCUCUGAGGAGUCCAAUGAAAGCCUCAAUCAUUCUUGAUCUAAAGAAGAAGAAGGAUUAGACAUUGCAAGUUUGAGUCAUUUUUUGGGUAGCGAAACUGAGCUUGAGCCAAAGCAAGCAUUAGGAGCCUUCAUUUGAACUUUUGAUUGUGAUGCAAUCAGGCUAACAAAUUUCAAUAUUCUAGAAUAAAUAAUUUUUUAAACUGACUGAAUUUUUAAGUGUUGUGACGAUGUAUUUGGUUGUCAAGACUAGGUCUUUACUCGAGAAGGUAUCUUAGGCCCUCUUUUUAUACGAUGUUUUCA